AUGAGGAACAACCAGUUAUACUGCCAGACUCCACCUUCAAUUACUGUCCGGAUGAAACCCGUGGGAACAAGAUCAAAUCAACAAAGGAAAAGAACAAAGUUAAAGCCAUCAUGUAUACCAAAAGCUCAGAAAAUGCACAGAAAGAAUACUGAUGUUAUUUCAAAAUCCAAGCAUACGAGAGGGCCUUGUCUCAUUAUUCAGCGGCAAGAAAUGGCAGCUUUCUUCAAACUAUUUGAUGAUGACUUAAUACAAGACUUUCUAUGGAUGGAUUGCUGCUGUAAGGUCUCUGACAAGUAUCUUCUAGCGAUGACCUUUGUUUAUUUCAAGAGAGCUGGUUUUGAAAUAAGUGAACAAACGAGAAUGAAUUUCUUUGUUGCUUUAUACUUAGCCAAUACCAUGGAGGAGGAUGAGGAGGAAUACAAGUAUGAAAUUUUUCCAUGGGCUCUUGGAAAAAAAUGGAAGAAGUUAUUUCCAGAUUUCUUAAAGCAACGAGAUCAGCUUUGGGCAAAAAUUAGUUUUAGGGCAGCUGUGAGUAAACGCUGUUGUGAGGAGGUUAUGGCAAUUGCUCCAUCCCAUUACAUCUGGCAACGGGGAAGGCCACUGCAUCACAGUGGUGCUAUCAGAAGGUAUACGCGAAAUGAAGUCAAAAUACCUCGGGGUCCCUGUGAUACACCAGUUCACUGUUCGCUUUGUGGCCAGAAAGAGGGUUUCUUCAGCAUGCAUAUAUCAUCAUCAUCAUCCUCCUCCUCUUGUGAAAGUUUGAUAAUAACUAAGAAAGACUUGUAUCAUAGUAAUGCUGAGCAGCAUCCAGAUAACAUCGAAUUUAAUACCUACUAUUCCACAACUGAUUGUCAAACUGUACAAAAUGGGCAAAGAAAAUAUAACAUUUCAGUGAAGGAUAGAUCCAUGGACUGGUUUAAUGGAAAUGAGGAGUGA